CACCUGGAAAGCACUCGAGUCUGCUCGAUACAUCUUGAAGCUUACCAUCAUGUCGACCGCCAGAGCGUCGACUGACGAGGAGACGGCGCCUCUCCUCGACCCCACUACUGAUGCACAACCCGCAGACGAAACCACUUAUGCCGGAAGAGCAAGGACUCUGACCACCAUAGAGAAGAUCCUCGCGGUUGCUGCUCUUCUUUUCCUCCUGCUCGCCGCUACAUUCAUUGGACUGUUCGCGGGCACCGCUAAUCAGCUGAAGAAAGCUCGUCAUCAGCCGGCGGCGACCCAUACCCACACCGUUCCCGGAUCUCAUGCCACUACUACUGUAACUGCUACCAAAACUAUCGGAGGGCCGACUCCUACCGGAAAGCCGGGACAUCAAAAUGAGACUUGCCUGAGCCGAGAGUGCAUCUUGCUCGCGAGCGAAAUCCUGCAGAACAUCGACGAUACGGUUGAUCCGUGCGAAGACUUCUAUUCGUUCGCCAACGGAGGAUGGUUGAAGAGCCACUCCAUCCCCUCUGACCGAGGCAGCUAUGGAUCGUUCAACGUCUUGCAGGACGAGAACAGAAAGGUCAUUCUCGAAGUUCUCGAGGGACAGGACGAGAAGCCCAGCAAAGAUGACACUCCCGCUGAAGCUGCUGAGAAGGCAAACUUGCUCAAGCUGAGGACUGGUUACCGGACUUGUAUGGACGAGCGUGCCAUAAACAAGAAGGGUAUCGAGCCAAUCAUGCCUCUUAUCAACGACAUCACCGAUAUCCUGGGACCUUUCUUGGUUUCCGACCUCGCUGCCGACGAAACUUCCGAGGAUUGGGAAGGAACCUAUACCGAGUCGUACCAAGUUCCUGAACACCUGAAAGUGGAAGCAUCUGGCGGCUUGCUCGGGAAGACCAUUUCCAAGACUGUCGCUUCGGCCAAAACUCUGGAGCAGAGGAGCUUGCAAAACGUACUCGGACAGGAGGUCGCAUCUACGUCUACCAAGAGGAAAGACGCUCUGACCCAGGCCUUGGCUUACAGCCACUCUCGAGGCGUGGGGGCGUUGAUCAACUUCAACAUCGAAGGUGAUGCGGGCGGCGAGGACCCUCAGAUCCAGGAGCUCUCUGUCUACCAGGCCGGAGGAGGUCUCCCUUCCAAGGCAUAUUACGAAGAAAAACCCAUCGUCGAUCUCUACACUUCGGUCGUCACGGACGUUCUCCUCGCUUUGGCUCAUCCCAAAGCAGGUAAAAAGGCCGAGUCCGACUUGUGGGGAUUCCCUUGGCCCAGACCCGCUCCGAAGGAACCCGAGCACGACGUCAAGAGCCAAAAGAAACUGGUGAAAGCUUUGGCUAAGCGUGUGGUCAAGUUUGAGCGGUCAUUGAUCCGAGCGGGAGCCGAUCCCGAGGACUUGUUCAAUCCUCAGGUUGCCUAUAACCCUUACGAUUUCCGCAACCUUUCCCAGCAAUUGGAUUUCAUGUCACUCUCUACCUACGUGUCGACCUUUGCCCCUAGGAACUUCCCGACCAAGAUCAUCGUCACAUCCCCGCCUUACAUCAAGUCGGUCCAUAAGAUCUUGGCCGACACUCCCGAUCACGUGCUUUCCGCCUACUUCGUCACCCGAAUGGGAUUGAGCUAUUCGAAAUUCCUCGGACCUGCUACACCCAUCCGAAAGGCUACCAGAAGGCUCCAGGUCGCGCUCCAAGGGCUAAAGAAGGGAGUCCCAGAGGACAGGCAGCAGUUCUGUCAAGCCUAUGCCGACGAACUUGACGGUCUGGGUCUACUCGGAGGCAAGGAAUUCGUCGACCGCACUUUUGCUGGGGACAGUAAAGCCAAAGCGGAAUCUGUCAUCUACAACAUCAUUGAUGCUUUCAAGGCUCGUUUGCCUCAUGUGCCUUGGAUGGAUGCGGAGAGCGCCAAGGCUGCUGCCAAGAAGGCCGACUCGCUUUACGUCAAGAUCGGAUACCCUACCACACCCAAUACGACUGAUGCGCAAGCGCUCCAUUUGUACUACUCCAGGCUACAGAUCGACGACGACUUUUUCGCCAACGGUUUGAGGCAGAGAUUGUUAUCCGAGACUCGGGACUGGAUGAAGUUGGGACGGGCCCGGGACAGAGGAGAAUGGGAGAUGCAACCUCAGCUCGUCAAUGCCUAUUACAGUCCUCCUGAUGGAGAGAUCGUCUUCCCAGCUGGCAUCUUGAGAAGCCCUUUCUUCUCAUCCACUUGGCCUUUGCACUUGCAAUACGGUGCAUUUGGCUCUGUCGCAGCUCACGAGCUCUCACACGCGUUCGACAACACUGGAGCGCAAUACGAUGAGAGGGGUCGUCUUCGGGACUGGUGGAGCAACGAGACAGUCUCACGCUUCAAGGAGAAGGCCGAGUGUGUCGCCCGCCAGUAUUCGAAAUACUCGAUCACUGGUCCCGAUGGCAAGCCCGUCUACAUCAACGGCAACCUCACGAACGGUGAAGACCUCGGAGACUCGGGGAUCGUCUUCGCCUACAAUGCAUGGAAAGAAGCGGCCAAGGCUGAGCACCAUUCUCAUGGACGUCUGCCUGGACUCAACUUUACCGAUGACCAGCUAUUCUUCCUGGCAUCUGCCAGGGUGUGGGCACAGCUCAUCAAGCCCGAGUCGGCAUUGGUUCGCCUUAGAACUGACCCUCACAGCCCGAAUUUCUGGCGCAGCAAUGGGCAAGUCAGCGGCUUCCCUCGCUUCGCUGAGGCAUUCCACUGCAAGGCUGGCUCGAAGAUGGCGCCGAAGCACAGGUGCGACGUUUGGGGGUGAUCGGGGUGAGCGAUACGGCGAUCGGGCCCGUAACUACCUCCGGAAGCAUUCGGAGUAUGAUUUGCUUCCGUCGCCUCCGCGGCCGAGACACAUGUGACAGGAUCGACGUCGUACCACUGCGAGCUACUUUUACUUGUAACUUUGAUAUACUACUACUAUCACUCUGCA